GACGGACACCAGCCACCAACGCCUUUGGGCCGUAGUGCGUAGAGCGCAUGCGGCAGAGGAGGAAUUCUGGUUAUUGGUGUUUCUGUUGUGUGGAUGAAAAAUGCUGCCUUCGCGUACUGUCGGAAGAAAGACCACAUGGCAUGUGGCAGUAGCAGCCAUUGUGGUGUCGGGACAAGAAUACGUGAUUCUGGAUCAAACCCAGAGAAAAGUGGAAGUAGCUUAUGGCUCCUCUCUGAUUUUGCGCUGCCUUUUGUGGACAGAGGCUUCUGAGAGGUUUCGGGUGUCCUGGUAUUUCAACCCCAAUGGAUCUUCAUUGGACGACGCGUACAACAUCUCUGAUGAGAUCUUCAUCAUACCUGCGGAGGCCUCCACAGCGAUAACAAAGCCGGGCUUGAGGGAUGGAGCACGAGGCACUGAAGUGACACGCUCUUUAUCAAAUGUUACGCACACAAACACCGGAUGGUACUUUUGCAAAGUCACAAUAGAGAUUCCCAUCCAUGCCAGAAGGAACAGCAGUGGAACAAAAGUAGUUGUCACGGAGAGCAUAAUGGAAAUGUACCCGUCCCUAGUGACAAGAAAGCAAGCACCUCGCCCAGAAGAACCCCCGCCUAUCAACUGGUGGAUGUGGAUCCUGUUUGGGGUAUCUGCUUUCAUUCUGAUCGUCUUGCAGGUCAUGUUUGUCUUGCUGAGAAGAAGAUGCCGCAGAAGCAGAGCGGAGGAUCCCGUCUACGCAAACACCCGUCCUGUGGCCAACAAGCACCCUUCACCUCGGCCGCGGGUGCAACAGCCGAAAGACCCGAAGACGCUUCCGUCCUCUCAAAAGCUCUGGACCCCGAGUCCCGGCAGGAGAUACGACGAAGGCAAACGGAGGUACAAAGAGUGAGGGAGUCAUGGAGCGUUUUAACCUGGACACGGUUUGGGCUUUUGGCUUAAACUGGACAUUUGCAUCGUAUUUUAUGUAUUUCAUUUUGAGUAUAUCCUGUAAAACAACCACCAUGAGCCACUAGGUGGCAGAAGGGGUAUGCUGUAAAGAGGUUAAUUCAAAAUGGGGUUUUUUUUCUUUUCCUUUUUUUCCCCCUUGUGUGUCAACACCUUAUAUUUGAAUAUGUUGCUAACAGUCGUUUUGUAUGGUAAAUGAUCACGACGUGGCUGUUUUUGGUGUGAAUUGUGUAGUGAUGGCACUGAUAAGUUCAUGUUUUUUUUUAUGAAGUG